AUGCGGGGCAUUAGUAUGCCACUUCUUGCCUGGGAAACCCUCGCGGGCAAUAUAGCUAACAGUAUCAGCAUUAUAAAAGAUGAACGGCCUAUGCCGCUUCUGCAUGAUGAUCCUGUAAUGGAUAGCCGGCUCUUCGAGGAUGACCCUUGGGUUGAAUCGCCUAUUCGAAUGGACUACGGGUACAACCUGAAAAUCGGUCAAGGAGUUUUUAUUAAUUUUGGCUGUGUAAUUCUGGAUACUUGCGAGGUGACAAUCGGUGAUAGAACCUUGCUAGGCCCCAAUGUCAACCUCUACAGCGGAACCCAUCCGCUGGACCCACGCCUAAGAAAUGGUACUAAAGGCCCUGAACUUGGGAAGGAAAUACAUAUUGGCGAGGAUUGUUGGAUCGGCGGAAAUGUUGUCAUAUUACCAGGAGUAACGAUCGGAAAAGGAGCCACAAUUGGGGCUGGCAGUGUUGUCACGAAGGACAUACCGCCGUUUCAUGUUGCUGCUGGAAAUCCUGCAAAGGUCAUACGCCGCAUAGAUACUGCAGCUGCAGAGGAAUAA